AUGUUGGAAAAUCAAAGGCUGAGGUUUUUUUUUUUCAAUUUUUGUCGUGUUCUUUUUUCGGUUUCGAAAUGGAUAUUUUCAUCGUUUAGAUUUCGCGAAAUACUCGAAAUUGAAAUUUUGGAAGGUGUUAGAAUAAUUGGGUCCUACAACGAAAUGGCUUUACGUGCCAAUUCGAAAUUUUGAUCGGAAAAAGCUGAAUGAAUAUUUGUAAGAAUUUUAUGCGCGAAUUCAAAAUUCCGAUAAAAAUGCUCAAAUAAUGCCGAAUUUCGGAUGAUUCACGCGCUAUUUCAAUAUUUAUGUUUGAAAAAAAAAAAAUUUUUCAAAAAAAUUUUGAUGACUUUUUACGCGCGAAUUCGAAAUUUCGAUUGGAAAAAGCUCAUAAAUUCUCGAUUUUUUUGAGUGAACUUUUUCGUUUGAUCUCGAAAAUUUUGGUUAAAAAAAGCUCGAUUAGGUUCAAAAUUUGAAUUUCUUUUGAUGCGCGACUUCGAAAUAUCGGUUUUAAAAAAGGCACAAAUAUUUUUGAAAUUUGAUUUUUUUCCAGUUAUCCAAUUAUGCCUAUUUCUAGAGAGCAUUUUUAAACGAAAAAUCGCCGAAGUGAUUUUGACAAUUUGUUCCAUUUUAAAUUUUUUUAUGUUUAAUUAUGUAAUUUCAGGUCGCUUCUGAAACUGUGAAAAGGAUUCGCGCCAGAUUUGCAAAUCACUUUUUAUCAUGAUAGCAUUUUGAGGUAGUUCUUUCUUAUUUUUUUAUGAGAUUUCUCAGAAUUUAAGUUUUUUUUUAAUUUUCAAAAAAAUGCUAUAUAUAUUUUUCAGCACUGAUUUUGGGCCGAGUUUCUUCAGCCAGUUUGACUUGGUUUUUGAAUGCGUUGGACAAUAAAAGUGGGUUUUUCUUGCAAAUUUUUUUCGGUUCAAAUUUUGAAGUCUUUUUCGAAGGUCCGAUUUAUAGUUUUCGAAAAAAACUAGAGUAUUUUUUUCUUAUAAAAAUUUCUCGAGUAUUUUUUUAAACUAUCUAGAAAAAGAAAUUGAUUAAUUAUCAGAGAAUUUGAGAUAAUUUCAAAAUUUAUUUUUUUGAGGUGAAAAAUAUCUCGUAAACUUCAAGAUUUGGCAAUAAAAACGCAUUCUGUCUUCUGGAUAUGAAUCGCUUCCUUAAACAUUUUACGAUUGUUUUUCUAUGAUCAGGUAGAAUAUUUAGAGAAAUAUUCCGGCAUAAUUUUUUUUUAACACAGAAGUUGUCAUUUCUGUUUUUGUGUGAUAAAUUUGAAAUGAUAAAUUCGAAUAGAAGGCUCAUAGGAAACUUUUCCGUUUAAAACUCUAUUUUUCAGCUGCCCGAGUUCACGUCAAUCGACUCUGCUUGGCUUGUCGAAUUCCCUUGAUUGAAAGUGGAUCGGCUGGUUUUUAUGGACAGGUAACAUAUUUUGACGUUUUUUUCGAUGUUUAGUUAGGAUUUGUGUUUCAAGGUUUUUCUGUGCGUUUAUUUACACUUUAUUCGAACUUUUGAGUAAAUUUGGAACCGAAAAACGAGUUUUUAUGUGGGAUACUGUUCGAAAUAGCAACGAGAAUGGAAUUUCAACGAAUUUCAGACUUUUUUUUUUCGAUUUUCAGACCCAUUUUUGCAGGUCUCAGUGAUAUUGCGGGAGAAAACCGAGUGCUACGAAUGCAUGGAAAAGCCGAAACAGAAGACUUUCCCCAGUUGCACGAUCCGGAACACGCCCUCCGAACACAUACACUGCAUCGUCUGGUCCAAGCAUCUUUUCAAGUCAGCAUUUCGGGUCAAAUAAUACGGAAACUCACCGGGAGCAAUUUUUCAUUUUUUCACUUCAAGUUUUCCAAAUUUUUCGAAGGGCUUUCUGAAAAAAAGAGCUAGAACCAAAUGAAGUCAUGAGAUCAGAAAAACUCCUUUUUCCCUUUCAAACUUUCACAAUCAAGGCGGUUGAAUUUUAUUCGUUAAAAACUCAAAGUCAAAACUGUUAUAAAAAAACAUGAAAUUCCAGAGAAAUAUUUUUUCAGUUUAUCUUAAAUAUCGGUCAGAACAUAGAUUAUUUUCAUUUUUAAUAAAUAAUAUUGAAGACAGAUCAAAAAAACCGCAUUUUUAAACAGAUCGGGAGUGUGCGCCGAGUGGGCUAGCGCUUGUAUAGCUGAAAAAAAAAAUGAAAACUCAAUGGGAAUUCCCAAAUUAGAGCAGUUUUUGACGCUGUUUCGGCCUGAAGUUCAUUCAAGGCUGCCUUACGAUCAAAUUUCGAAUUCUAGCGAAAUAGUGUGUGAAAAGAAGAGAUUCAGAGUCUGAAUUUCCGACCUCAGUGUAGUCAUUUAUGCUCGAGCCGCCGGUGAAUGGAGUUUUACAAAAAAUAUAAAUUUCCUAUAGAAUAAGUUCAUGGACUUAUUAUUACUUUUAAUUUGUUCAACUGAUUGGUUUUUUUGUAGAGCUUGAAAAAAAUUGAAAUUUUGCCACCAGCGACUGUUGAAAAAAGCUAUGACUGAAAAAAUCAGCUUGAUCUCGUUUUUGAACGCUAUAGCUGAUUCACGGCCAUCAAAAAAAGGGUCCUGACACGAUAAAAAAAAAGAGAGAUAGUGCAUCUCUGAUGGAGAUCGCAGACAGGUCACGCCUUUUUGCGUCUCAAGCUAGUCGUAAAUUGGCUAAAUAUGUAUAGAAGUGGCUGCAGUGGACACAGAAACCUGAAAAAUGCGUAGAUCUAGAAAAUUUUAAAAAAAAGUUUUGAUAUUCAGUCAAUUGUUCGGCGAGGUGGACAUUGACGACGACGUCUCGCCGGAUCUGGAAGACGACGGGGCGAGGGAAGACGACCCAAAUGCGUCUAGUAACAAUAAUAAGAAUGAGCAAGGUAAUUCGCGGAUAGAGUUUUGGAAUUUUUGUGUGAAAUUGGGGAAAUUUUUUUUCAAAAAUAAAAGUCAAUCCAAGUUCAUUUAUCACGAUUUUUUCGAAUUUACUAAAGUUUCGAAGAAGAUCCAGAGUAAGAAGAACAAAUUUCAACAUAAAAAUAAUUUUUCAAGUUUCAAAAAAGUUCGCGGGAACCCGCAAAAAAGCUCAUAAUAAUCUCGUUUCAGCCACUGAGAACCAAGAAAACGAGACGGAAACGCCGGCAGAAGUCCUGAAGAAUGGUAAUGGAGUCCAGGCGAUGGAAACCGACCAAAAUGGCGCUUCUGAGGAGGCCAAACCGGCAAAUACCCGACUUUGGGCCGAAAAAGUCGGAUAUGAUCCCAAGAAGCUGUUUGACAAGGUGAUUUGAAGCCUGGAAUCAUAUUUCCCGGUAGAGAAACUUACAAGAUUUUCGAAAACUAGCUAGAAUAUUCAUUGAUAAACCAGAAAAGUAUUCUGAAAGUUUCAGCCCAAAAUUUCCUAGUUUUCGAAGAAUAUGGGCUCAAAGUCUCAAAAAUUGCCUGUUUUAACGGGUUUUGAAGUUUUUUUCUGACUUUGAAAUGCUCUUUUUAAAAAAAUUAGGAAGUUUUUUUCAGGUUGAUAUUUUCCGUAUGUUCAUCUGAGACAUCAAAAAUGGCGAAUAUUUAGAAAAUUCUUCACUUUCACCUAGUUCAGCGCGAGAGAAAAGCGAUGUCGCUGGCGAUUUAUUAAAAAUAUCGCGAAUUUACCGCUUUUUUCGCCGCGCCAGACUCGCAUUUUUCGCUUUUCUAUCGCUUUUGAAAAUUUUAAAAAUUGCGGUAUCGCGCAGAGGAAAUUGCGAUAUCGCGGCGAGGGAGUUGCGAAUCCGGCGGCGCGGCUUCGAAGCAACAUUUUUGCGAUGUCGUGAAGUCACCGCCAGCGACAUCGCUGUUACCUCAACAGUCUUUCUUAGUGACCAAACCAAUACUAAUUUCUCGAUUUGAAGCUUUUCCACACGGACAUCAACUACCUGUGCAAGAUGGACCACCUGUGGAAGGAACGGAAAAGACCGAUCGCCGUCGAGUUCGAAGACGUCGUCGCCGAGAAUGAGGCUCCGAGAAGCCUCAGCCAAGUCUUCGACGACCUCAACCAUGUACCUUUUCGGUUUCCUCUUUGAAAUAGUCCAUUUUUCGCGACUUCUCUGCGUCCUCCUCGUCUCUCGGCGACCCUCUCAUGUUGACGUUCUAUUUUCACCUUUCUCUUUUCUGGGUGGUGAGGGACAGAGAGACGCAGACAUCUUGAAAACUGUCAUUUCGCGCGCGGAUGGACUAUAGUCUGUUUGCAUGUUAAUGACGUCAUUGGAAAACGCUCUGAUUGGCUUAUUGCCUCAUAAUGGGCGCAGCUUGGCGCUCAAUUUCUGAGCAGCCUGUAGAAGCACGGAGUAGCGGAGUUAAGCAACCACUUUAAUUUGAAAAAAACUCCUUAGAAGUACAGAAAGAAAGAGAGAAAGAAGAAUUCAAAUGACGACUUGAAGGUCUGGACGCGAUCCGAGUGCGCUCGCGUGUUCGCCGCGGCUGUUGAAUCGUUGCGCGACCGAAAGAUCGCGUUGGGCGAACACGAGAUCCUGACCUGGGACAAGGACGACGACGACGCGAUGCGAUUCGUCGCCGCCUGUGCCAACAUUCGCGCCUCCCUCUUCAGCAUCCAGCCCAAGACGUCUUUCGACAUCAAAGGUACUCCUUCAUCUCAGUUAAGCCUUGGAGGAUUAGAUAUGAAAGAAAAUCUUUCGAGAAGGAACUGUUCAGUCACUUUUUUCAUGAACCUGUAGUAUAGCUAAGCUGAAAUUUCGAAGUCAGUUUGCUAAAACUUACAGCGAAACAGUGUGAAAAAAGGAGAGGCUCAGAAGUCUUUAUGCUAAUUUUGUCUGAAGCUGAGUAGAGUAUUUUUGUAAAAGUAGAAAAAAAGGCGUCUGAGAUGUAAACUAUCCUCUUUUCCUGCUGUAAAAUAAGAAAAUUGAAGCAGAAAUUAAUAAAAAAGUCUAAGUGAGGCUACAGUCGUUAUGUGCGUUUUUGCCGCUGUUUUUGAUCUCAAAUAAAUGCCAGAAAGGCCUGUGGAAAAGUUUUUGUGCGCUGAAACUUUGAUUCAGUCGAUUGAGCUUCUUUUUUGAGACUUGGUGCUGGACGCAUCGACCACGGAAUUUUUUUUUUUUUUUGGAAAAAUAUGUAAUUUUCAAAUUUUCUCAUGUGCUUUAGACAUUCCAGCGAGCGUGUCCUUUUUUUGGCGGCUUUUCUCGAAGUUCAUGUUCAAAAGUAUAGAUUAGUUUUUGCUAAACGUAGUUUGAAUGUAUCCUGCAAAAACUUUGAAAAAUUCCAAUUUUUUAAUUUUUCCUGCUCUCAAAACCAAUCUCACUAACAAAAUUCAUUUGAUUUCGAUAUAAUUGGCAAGGGGAAGGGCUUCGUAUUGGGCGAAACAGCUUUCAUGGAUUAAACUAUAUUCGCAGGCGUUCAUCGUCCUGCCGUUGAUCUCGUAGGAGAAUAACCGGUACUUGUACCUAAAUCAGCGAUUUUUCGUAUUGAAGCCCCUUUUUUUGAGAACUUUGCCAUCAUUUGAAGUAGUCGGAGCAUUGAAAAGGCGCUCCCGUGAAGCUCGAUUAGAAUCUGAAUUUUUUCGAGGUUAUGGUUUAUUUUUGUGUGGAAAGAGGUGAUCUGGAUGCUACAUAUUGAGGAUUUAAAAUUUUUGUUUUGGCGGCAUUAAAAUUAGAAUGGUUCAACGCGUCGCGGUUGCGCUGUAACAGGCUUGGAAUGAACUUAUUGCUAAUCUUAAGAUUUAUUUUUUCGAAACGCAAGUCGUUUUUCGGUCGGAUGCGCUUUCGGGAUGACCGCGACGCUUUGAGCCAUUCUAGGUGCGGCCAAAAAGUUUCAAAGUGAAGCCAAUUUUAAUUUUGACUUGAAAGGUUUUUGAGAUGGUUAGAAAGAUAGGUUUCAUGGAAAAAUUCUUUUUUCUUUGUGGAGUACGGUUGUUAAAAGGCUACUGUAAGGAAUUUAAAGAAAAAUUUGAACUUGUACAGAUUGUUGAGUAUGUAAAAAAGGCGUGACUAAGAAAUAGAUCACGGGGAAGAUUAGACCACUAUAUAAGGGUCUAACUCCACUGAUCAUCAAUUCAAUAUUCACUCUCGCCUCGCCUCAACCGUUUCGCCUAUCCUGAUCGCCACUUUUAUAUAUAUAUAUAUAUAUAUAUAUAUAUAUAUAUAUGUGUGUGUAUAUGGACGUAAUAGGUUACACCCAAAACUUUUAUGUAACUGGGUAUAAAAAGAGGUAGUCGAGUCAGUCGGCGUCGUCUGCGGCGUUGUCGACGGCGGCGCAAGACGUGGUAGGCGAAACGGUUGAGGCGAGGCGAGGCGAGAGUGAAUAUUGAAUUGAUGAUCAGUGGAGUUAGACCCUUAUAUAGUGGUCUCAUCUUCCACCUGAUCUCUUUCUUAGUCACGCCUUUUUUACAUACUCAACACAGAUGAACUAAAUUACAGUAGUUUUCCGUCUGAAACCUGAAUUCAGUUUUGUAUCGUUAGUUUUUUUCAUUGGGUUUCAUAUCAAAUUUUAAACAGAAAAACCACCUGACAAACUUGAGAAGCUUCCAAAAAUGGCUGAAGCGAUGAAUAUUCGGCGCCCUCAAUGUCGAUUUUCAGGAUUUCUAUCUUAUUCACGUCGAAUUUUCGCAUCAAGUCGGCUGAAAAAAAUCAUUUUUCAAUUUGCUGUAAUGCGCGGAAUUUAAAGGAGCAGAGAAUUUUUAAAUUAAUGGUCUUGGCACGAAAAUGAUAAUUUUCUACAGUAACCUGAUUUUUAAUGAAACUAAAACUGAAUACGGAUUUUAGAAAGUUGCUUUCAGCUCUAUUUCACUCAAAACUAACUUGAAUGUAGGAAAAUAGUUUCGAGACCAUUUUUAUCAAUUUUCGCUGCUCCUUCAGAUUUUUUUUUGAAUUAUCAAUCAUUUCAUUUUAUUACCUAUACUGUAAUAAGGACUGUUGUGUAUAGUUUGAUGCGAAAUUACGGCGGUGAAAAGUGUUCCUUUUAUUUUCCCAUAAGCGAUUUUUGUCGUGUUUUUCUGGUCUUCCUGAAAGUUUCGAAAGAUAAAGCGAUUGAAUAUUAUUGAAAACCUGAUCGAAUCCGAAUAUUUGACAUCUCCGUUUCGUCAAGUUUUGUAUGUCACUAUCGAAGGAGAAUUGAUCGUUCAGGCCGAGGGAAAAAAUACUGAAAAAAAUUAUCAUUUUUGCUUCGUUUUUGUGAAAAAAAAAAUGAGACAACUCUGCUCGAAAGUUUCAACUUCAGGAAAAGCAAAAUCUUUCGAAAUUUGACAAGAUUCUUCAAAAAAACAAUUUCAGCGAAAAGAAGAGAAUCUUUUCUCAAAAAAAAAAAACUGACGCGCAGUUUGCGGGAAUCGAAUGAGGAUUGCAAAUCCAUUUCCCACCGUCUUCGGGUGUCCCGAGCCUCACAAGCUUCGGGCAAAAAUACCUCAAUUAAUUAGUUAAUUUGAUUUUUUUGAAAAGAAAAAAAGACUAGAAUAUUUCGCAGACCGAGAGGAUCACUAAUCAAAGCCAUCAUAGAAUCUUUGGGCAAACUUCCAGAAAAAAAUCCGAACGAAUAAAAAAACCUCCGGGACGAGAACGUUAUAUAAAAUGCCGAAAUCCGAAGAGGAAUCGAUUUUUUUGAGGAAAUCGCGACGUUCUUCGGCUUGUUUCUUGUAGAUUCGCUUGAUUGUCUGCAAUUUUUUUGGGGUUUUUUUCUUAUAAAUUGAAACUCUUAAUUAUUGAAUAAUAAAGCUUCAACUAAACGGGUUUGAAAAAAGACAUGAUUCUUCAAGAAAAAAAAUCAGUUUUUUUUAAACUUUCCAUCCGAAAAAACUUCAAGUGAGGCUCUAUGGAUGAAUAUAGAGAGAAAAGAAUUUUUUUUCCUCCGAACCUUUUGAUCCCUUUUUUUUGAAAAUAUAAAAGCACCUCGAAAUUUGACAAAGACGUCAAGUCUUUGAAGCUUUUAUCCUCUUCAGCCGCUUGAGCUUUACUCAAUUUUUCCGCUUCUUCUUUUUCAAUCAGGUUUUGAACUUGAAGAAGUUGUUGGUGAAUAUCCGCGAUCGUUUCUUCAAUUUGAACAGGUGAUAGAUUUCUCUGAUGGCGGUAGGAUAGAAGCGGGAUCCCUGGAAAUGAGGAAAUUCAGGGUUUUCAAGACAGAAAACUUGAUUUGAUGGAGGAAUCUUACAUUUUGAUUCAAAUAGAACGAACCAAAAAAAGUCUUUUAUGUAGUAAAGUUUGACUUUUCACCUAGAAACUGUUGAUAGAAGUAGAAAUUAUGAAAUCUCUCAAAAAAGGCUUGAAAAAUUGAAAAUUGGUUUAGUAGAGCAAAAGAAAAGUCGUGUUUCACCUCGAUUUAAAAUGUUUUUGGCACUCACCAUUGUUAAAAUCAGAAGAAAAUGCGAUCCAUGCAAUCAUAGAUAUAACUAAUAAAGCGACGAAUACUAGAAAAGCCUGAAAAUUGGCCAUUUUUACAGAAAACAAGGUUUAAUUCAUAGUUGCUAAAUCACGGAGAGUGCGUUGGCAGCUGAGAAAACAGACGGCCGCGCUCUUCCUAUUGUUUGAUAUUAAUUUGGUCAAUUGGAUCUUCAAAAAUUGGAACUAGCAUUCAGAAGGAGUGUGUACUGAAGAAAUCAUGAAAAAUUUAAGUCAAAAAAGGUUUUACCGUUUUUGAGAAUGUGAAAAAAGGUAUUGAAAGCGGGAAUGAUUGAAAAAUCAAAAAAAAAAGGGUUUUUUUUUCUUCAAAAGUUAAGGAAAGGUAACUUUUUACACGUUCUCAGGGGCAUUCAAAAACAUUUUUAGAACAUUAUUAAAAAUUGGCUGCAAAGAGAAGGUCUCGAAGCCAAAUUAGAUAAAUGGUUUUUUUGGCAGAGAUAAAAAAACGUGACGAAAACUUUUUAGGGCUUUUUGGGCUUUUCCUUUUUGUUGGGUACCAGAUUUUUCUUUUUAAUCUAUAGAUUUUUUUAACGUCAGUAUUACCUCCCUGAGAUCAAAAACUAUUCUAUUUGUCGAAAUACCUUCCCAAAACUCAGUUUUUACUCCUGGCCUCUCGAGUUUUUCGUAUCUCAUCCUUUCCUCCGGGGCUGAUCGGGCACCGCACUUGUCCCUACCUAUUUUUCUCAUUUUAUUUGAUUGCAGCCAUGGCCGGCAACAUCAUCCCAGCGAUUGCGACGACGAACGCAAUCGUCGCCGGAAUGAUGGUGACGGAAGCCCUGAAAAUCGUCGACGGCGACCUCGAAAAAGUCAAAAAUGUCUUCAUCGCCAGGGUUCCCAACAUGCGCGGAAAGGUGAUUUCUUUUAUCAAAAUGCUGGUGAAAUGGACUGAAAGUUUUUAAUUGUCUUUCCAUUUUUUUUUUGCAUUAAAGGGCUUGUGGUAAUUUUGAAAUUUAUCGCAAAAUAAGUGUUUUUUUUUCAACGGGAUCCGGGCGUUUGAUAGUGGCCGACGUUCCCUUUGGCCCCAAAUUCAGGAUGAUUUCGAACUUCUCCCUAUCUUUGUUCACCUUUCCAAAGUUAAGACCUUGAAAUUUCAUUCAAACUUUUUUUCUUCAAAAAAAUAUCUGAAAAAAAUCAGGCUGUUUAUUAAAUUUUUCCUCCUCUUUUUUUAAACUUUAAAGUCAAAAAAAUCUAUUUUUUUCUGUUUCAGAUUCUCAGUGACGAAGCGCCUCAAAAACCGAACCCGAAAUGUUUCGUUUGCUCCGAAAAAAACGGGAAUGUUUCGUGAAAGUCAACCCGAGUGACAUGACUAUCAAAGGACUCAAUGAUAAGGUUUGUUUCGGUUAUUUAAAAAAUAGUUUAAAAAAAAGGAUUGAAAUUAGAGAUAUUGACACUAAAUCGUAGAAUUUGAAGAAACGAAGUAAUCCAGAAAAAGUAACUUUUUUUUUGAAAAAAAAAUUUUCGACUUUGCGCCAGGACAGCUAAGGAACGGUGUAAACACAGUUACUUACCGUUUUUUUUUAAAAAAAAUCAGCGUCCAAUUUUCUGCUUUUAUAUUCUAAUAGGAGGUCUCGAUAACGGUGGAUUUUACGGAAGCAAUAUAAAAAAUUGAAAAUUCAAAAAAGUGACGCAUUUUGUCCAUAGAGCAACUUUGCUGCAAAAUGCGUUUUUUCGAUCCACUGUCGUAAUAAUUUUUUCUCAGAAAAGCAGAAACCUCCGUGAAAUUUUCAAGGAUCACUCAAAAAAAUCGUAAAAAGUUUCAUGAAUGGUAUAAAGCACUACAAAAAGUACCUUUGGAACUAGAAAAAAAAAAGCGAUUUUAUCGAUUUCAUCCAAUUUGAGGUCUUGAAAGGCGCUUUGAACAUGAUCGCCCCGGAUGUGAUGGAUUUGAGGACGAGUAACGUUAUUAUCAGCAGUGAAGAAGGCGAAACUACCGGUGAGUUUGAGAAAAAAAUUUUAUCGGGUGUUUUUGGAUUUUUUUUUUAAACUUUGAUUGAAAACUUGACCGGAAAAGACCUGAAAGCAAUAUUCGUAAAACUUUUUGAAUUCAUCAAGUAUCAUAACAACGAGUUUUUAAUUCGAAACUGGGAAAAUAGGAAAAAUCAGGAUGUUGCUUUUUGGAAAUUUUUUGAUGUCUUAAUAAUAAUAGUUUAUUAACUGCUUCUUUAUCAUAAAACUUGAUUUUUUUUUUAUUCCGAUCCUUAUCACAGGACUUUUCCAGAUCUGGAAACGAAGAAGUUGGCGGAGCUGUCUCUGGGCGAAGGAACGAUGCUGGAAUGCGACGAUUUUGUGCAGAAAUUGACACUCAAAGUGAUUCUCCACAGCUCUCCGGACCUCCAUGGCGAAGAUUUCGAGGCAAUUCUCAAGAAUUCAUUCCAUUUGAUGUUUCGAAUCGAUCUUUCAGAUACUGAGAGAUUCGGAAAAGAAGAAAGAAGAGGAAGAAACUCGGAAGAGAAAGCUGUCCGAAAGCGAGCCUGGCCUAUCUCCACCCAAAAAGUCGAAGGUUCGUGGAAACUUCCGACAUUUUUUGGCUUUAAAGGCUGCCUCUUGCAACAAAGCCUUUUCAACCCCCCGACCGCAAGUAGUUUUGGGUCGGGCGCGUUUCAGAGCAUAAUCAAACUGUGAAGCCAUUCCAAACGCCUUUUUUUUUUUUUUCGAAAAAUUAUGGGGAAGUACCACUUUUAAAUUUUUUUAAAGCUUUUUCAGGAGAGGGGCUAAUGAAAUUUAAAACAAGUUUCAAAAGUGUAUCUGCGAUUUUUUUUUUGUUCAAUUUGGAUAGGAAUGCUUAAAAAUGAAUUUUUCGACUACUUUGUAAAAAGUUUUGAGAUAAAUUUUGAAUGUCACCUUUACAUAUCAAUCAAUCAAUAUUUAUUAGUUGUUUUAGUCAGAUGGAAUCGACUAGGCGGUGUAAAAUAUUCGAUAUUUUAUUUCAAAAAAAUUGUCAAUUUUUUUCAGGCGGAAGAGACCAAUGGCGAAAUCACUGUUCAAAAACUGAAAUCUCACUUUUUUCAAUCUUACUCUAAUUUGACUUUUUUCCUGUUUUUGUCUUUCCAAUCCACAAGAAUUUUCCAUUUUUAUAUACCCUGACCUCUAAUUUAACGAAUAUUUAUCUCUUUUUUGGUGAACUACGGUCUCUUUUUUUAUUCCAUAAUACCAAAAAAAUAAUGGAAUAUAUAAUUUAUCUUCUCGUGCCUAUAUAUUUGAAAUUUUUUUUUUCUUAAUUUUAUCUUGGAAUCUCUCUUUCGCUUCUAUUAUUUAUUUUGUCUCGAUUAUUUAUUUUCCUUUUCCGUCCGGUUUUUAACAUGCGAAUUGUAAUGAUACUCUUGAUUUGUUCAACAUUUUCACCAAUAAACGAUUUUGUGAACUUGGUUUGAUGAAAUUGAAAGUCUUUGCAAUUUUAUUUUAACAUUUUUUUUCGAGAUGUCAAGUGGGAAAAAAGUUGUAACGGUCAUUUUCGUUAUCUCGACAAUGAUGGCGCACGGUGCAUUCUGCUUUUUUGCACUCUGGUGCGAAAAUGGAGUCUGCACCGUGCAGUUUUGGUGCUUUUUUAGUGUCGCACUGGUGCAGCACGCUAAAAGCACUGAUUUGACACCUUUGCACCAAAAAAUCACCGAAAUCGCACGGUGCAGACCCCAAUUACGCACCAGAGUGCAAAAAAGCAGAAUGCACCGUGCGGCAUCCGUGCUGAGUACCGGCGACAUCAAGACGCAGCCGGCGCUGCUUGGGCUCACAGGACCUGCUUCAAACUUUUUCUGUAUUAUAGUUUUUCUUUAUAUCAAUUUAAAUGCUACAUCUAAUUUAGUGUGCAACGUCUACGGAAAAGAUAUAGGGCAUUCCGCGCCAGCUUGUCACAAUUUCCAGUUUAUUCGGAGCUACAGAACCCCUUUCGGCGCUUCGCUCUGA